AUGGCAUCCCCUGCGUCUGUAUUGAACAAGACUCUCCAGAACAUCACAUUCAGCAAGAUCCGUGAGCUGGAGGCUCUCCGCAAGUCAUAUGAGUCCAGAAAGCGCGAGUAUCUUGCGAAGGCCGACGCUGCUGCCACCGAGCAGGAUCGUCUCGCCUGUCUUCUUGAUGCCGUCAAGGAGCUCUACCCUCCGGCUUCCAAGGAUGAUAGCCUCUCCAACAUCCAACGUUGGCUGGACCAGUCCCGGUAUGAUGCCUCAAUUCCGGAAUCAAAGCUCGUCAGCUUCAGUCAGCAGCUGCGCUCCAAGCUUGACAUCCAGAGCCGCAAGCUGGAUAUGGCCCUUCUCUAUUCGCGUCUCCUGACCGAGUGGAUGGACCAGCCCGUGUCUGAGCCCCUGCCUGCUUCUGUUGGCGAUGCCGACGACGACUCCUUCGAGCUGAUUGAACGGCAGCGCCAACGCCUCAGCGAACUGGUUGACAAGUUCGAAGCAGUCGUCUUUGAACCGUUCGAGACGAAUGAGGUCGAAAUCCGUGGCUUCCUCGAUCGCCUCUUUCCGGAUGAAGAGAGCCAGAAGGAGCUCGCGAAGCUGCGCAAGACCAUCUCCGAAGCCAGCGAGAAGUUCAUGGCCGAGAAGGCCCCCUUCAACCUGGAGUCGCUUACGAGCUGUAUCAAAGGCCUUUUGACAGAGGAUAUCCUGAGCGAUGAGAAGCAGGCCAUCUUGCGUGACUUCCUCGACAGCGAUGUCGCCAAGUCCGAGAUUGCGGAUGUUCUGAAUAUGCGCUUCUCUGACUUGAAGGAAUGGCACUGGGAUGCUGGUGAAGAGGGCAUCCGUGUCAUGCCUCGCCGCGGCCUGAAUGGCAAGUAUCGCAUCUGGGCUGAUGACGACAUCUUGCAGAUGCUCUUCGUCCAGUACAUCGGCAUCAGGCUCUGCAACCUGCUCAAGCCUGCCCUCAAAUCUUUUAUGAGGGCUAUCUACUCCAGGAACCAUGAUGGCCACAUGGUGCCCUCCCCAGCAGAGCUCGAACGCCGCCGUUACUAUCUCGGCGGUCUGCGAAGCUCGUCUAAUAAUAUCGAGCAACGCCGCCGUGAUGAGUACUUUGAAAAGUUCUUCCUCUCGCAGCUCCCUGCCACCGAGACCUCGCUCUUCGACGGUGAUCACAAGUACGACGAUGAUUCUGACGAUGACCGGGGUCUGGAUGCCCAAGACUUCAACAAGCUGUUGUCUUCACCUCAAAAACGCUCUGGCAUCAAGCAGCAACUCUUGCGUAGGCUCACAGCCGAGCUACUCGUUCACCGGCUGCGCGGUGUGACACACGAUACCCGUUCUCAGCCUGGUGGCGGUGUGGCUAUCGUCCAGACUGAUCUCCAAUGGUAUGCGACUGCCUUGCCACAUAGCACCGUCUAUGCUGUCAUGCGGUAUGUCGGCUUCGGCGAGGACUGGAUCCACUUCUUCAAGAAGUAUCUCGCCGCUCCUCUUAACCUCGACAAGGCAUCCGAUGAUCGUCCGCAGAAGGGUCCCCGCAUCCGCCAGAGAGGCGUCCCUAUGGCCCACUCGUCCGAAAAGUUCACCGGCGAGUUGGUUCUCUUCUUUAUGGACUUGGCUGUCCAUCGCGAGACAGGCAUUUUCUUGUAUCGUCUUCAUGACGAUAUCUGGCUCUUUGGCGAGCCCAAGAGCGCCUGCAAAGCCUGGACCUGCUUGCAAUCAUUUGUCAAGGUGUUUGGUCUCGACCUCAAUAAGAGCAAAACCGGAUCUGUCUAUCUGCCGGGCGCCGGAAAGAAGGAUACCCAGAUCGCCCAGGCCCUGCCUGAUGGUCCUGUCAGCAUCGGUUUCCUGACUCUUGACCCAGAGACCGGUAAAUGGACGAUCAAUCAGAAACUGGUGCAGGCUCAUGUGGAUCAGCUCAAGAAGCAACUGGCUGAGUCCAAGAGCGUGCUUGCCUGGGUUCAAACUUGGAACAGUUGCAUUGGGCGCUUCUUUAGCCACACAUUUGGCGAGCCGGCCGAAUGCUUUGGUCGCGAACAUAUCAAUGAGGUGUUGAAUACUUAUACGAACAUGCUGAAGAGGCUUUUCCCUCAGUCCGAUGGGAAGGAGGGCAGUGCGGUCGAAUAUGUUAAACGCAUGAUUCAAGACCGAUUCGGUGUUUCCGAUCUUCCAGACUCCUUCAUCUUCCUUCCUGAAGCCCUGGGCGGGUUGGGACUCCGUAACCCGUUCAUAAACUUGUUCCUGGUCCGGAACGAGGUCGAUAAAACCCCGGAGGAGCUCAUCCACGAAUACCUCCAACAGGAGCGCGAACAGUACUUGGGAUACAAGAAGGAAUUCGAUAACCUCCGAGCAAACGACAACAAAGCACUCCUCCGCCGGUUGCAGAACAUCUACCCGGGAGAGGAACUGCAGAAGCAGAAAGCCAUUCCAGAGGACCAGCUGCACACAUUUCUCUCUCUCGAGGAGUUCAGUCGCUAUCGCGAGCGGCAGGACACGCACUUUUGCCGGCUUUACGAUCGGCUCGUGUCAGUGCCCGUUGUCGAGGAGAUCGUCCUGAGCAAAGAUGUUCAAAACGCUCUCCUCUCGUUAUGCAAGGAUGGCAAAUGGACUUUAGACGCGGAGAAGAAGUGGUUCCUGCAGCUCUAUUCUGAGGAACUGUUCCAACAGUUCGGUGGGCUGAGUCUGGUCGACAAACAGUUCCUCCCUGUCGGCGUGCUGGCUAUGAUGAGGGGCAAGAAGGUCAGCUGGAAUAUGGUUCUCUGA